AUGCCCGUGAAGCACCUAAAGGGCUUUGGGAAUGGCUUCUGUGCCAGAGUAACGCCGUUUCAUUUGCACGGCUGCAGCAAUUUCCUAUCUACAACAUCCAAGCUCCCAAAAGCUCGAGAUAUCACCAAUUCCAAGCUCGAGCAAGAGCAGAACAAGACUUCUUUGAGCACUCCUUCAAACGAAGACAGCAAACGUCACCCUGUCCCACGCAAGACCAAACUUAUCUCCGAAGCAGAUGCUGAGCUACGCGAGCGAUUGGAACAAAUGUCAGGUGAGGGAGGAGCCUCGGGGAUUGAAUACGAAGAUGGAAAGCCCAGUGCCAUGAAGCGCGGCGUGCGCAACAAUAUGUUCCGGUUGAUCUGA